AUGGGCGAGAUCUCCCCCGCGCUGCGCACCGCACUCGCUGCGUCUCCGGACUACGAGCUUGUUGUCUCCCACUUGUCUGCGUUGCUGCUCUCCGACCCCCCACCCUUUAUCUUUGUCCAUGAUCCUGAGAACGCCCGUCUCACCUCAUCGGUCGUUACGUCCACCCUCGACAAUCUGGCUUCCCAAAGCGAUGCUCCUGUGAACCUCACCUACUCCUGCGUGAAUGCUGUGGCAUGCUUCUCUUCCAGAAUUUUGUUCGACACAGCCCUCAACUCGCUGGCUGGCUGGACACCUGACUGGGACACAGGCGCGCUGAACUGGCCUGGAACAGCGGACGGACGGCGCCACAACGAGAACUUCGACUCGUUUGUACACGGCAUCCAAGCAAUAUACGCGGAGGUGGUGACUGCAAGUACUGGUGUAAACGGGGCGGGGAAGGGCAAAGGCAAGGCAUCUGAGCACGCGCAAGCCACCGGGAGAUUGGUACUCGUGGUGGACCGAGCAGAGCGCCUCAAGGACAACUUGCCAGACCUGCUCGUGCCUCUGACCCGACUUUCUGAGCUGACACGAGUCGAUAUCACGACGGUCUUCAUAUCCGAGAACCAAUGGCAGGACAUACGCCCACCUCUCCGCGCUGCGCCGGAACCUUACUACAUCGAUGUGCCCUUCCUCUCAAAGCAAGCUACUCUAGACAUUCUUGCAUCUUCGUUCCCCGUUCCAUCCCCGAACGAGGCGUCCUCAAGUGCUGCCUUAGGCGCAUACAACCCUGCGCUCAGGCCGCUUUACGCACACUUCAUUGCAACGCUCUACAGCGCAUGCGGGCCAUUCACGCACGACCCAGCUGAGCUAGCAUACAUUGCUGCAGCACGCUGGCCAGGGUUCGUGCAGCCCAUCCUGGAUGCCCAUCGCCGCCUGCACGCCGCCCAACCCGACGAGGAAGAGCUCAAUCACGAAGACGGGACCGAUGACACGCUCGCACCUCCAAGUGAAGAUGUACGCCUCCGCCUCACGCGGCUCUUCUCGUCCUCUCUCACCAGCGCGCUCGAGGCACUCUACCCGCGCCUUACGCACGCAGAGCACUGGGCGCAUACACACUCGCCGCCCGACGACCUGCUAGCCGUCCCUCCCGCCCACGCAUCGCAGGCGCUGCAUACACGCACCGUUGCACUUGCGGCUGCUGAUGCAGACACGGGCGCGGGACUGGAGGCACUCCCUCGCAUGGCCAAGUUCAUCCUCGUUGCCGCUUUCCUUGCGAGCACGAACCCCGCGCGGAGCGAUUUACGUAUGUUUGGACGCGGCCUCGACGAGCGCACACGUAGACGGCGAAGGAAGGUGGGCACUCCGCGCAAGCCUAAGCCGGGUACGACGGGGACCGCUGUCAAGAUACCGCAACGGUUGUUGGGCCCAACGACCUUCCCACUGGACCGCCUGAUCGCGAUGCUUGGUGUGCUUCUGGAAGAGAAUGAUGCAGACGUGCGCCCAGCCGCCCCGCAGUACACGCUCCCCGGAGAGUACACUGAGAUGGAGAUUUCGCGCGUUGCGCUACAGGCGAACAUUAUGGAACUGGCGAGCAUGCGCCUCCUAGUGCGAACGUCUCCCCAAGACAGGCUAGAUGGGACGCCGACAUUCAAGUGCGGGAUCGGGUUCGAGCUCGCGGCGAAGCUAGCGCGAGAUCUUGGGAUCGUACUGAAUGAUCUCAUGUACGAUCCGCUCUAA